AUGACCGCGCACCGAGUCAUCCAAGACUCAGAUGAGUCUGAAGAUGAGCUUGGUGAUAUCGCGACUCGAGGCGCUACACUGCAAGAAUUGUCGCAAAAUGCAGACGCGUCAGAUGCGAAAGAGGAUGAUGACGGCCCCGCUUCAGACCGUGUUGACCCGGCGGGUGCGAUUAAUGAUGUCCAACAUAGUUCAAAUCCAGAGCCUGACUAUAUAGUGGCUUGCGAUGUAUCUUUACAUCAUCAGAACAUUCCCGAGCUGGGUGGUGACCAAGCUAAUGUCAAACGCAGGAAAACGGCAGCUUUUGCGGAUAUCGCCCAUUGCCACCACACAACUCCUGCAGUGGGAUUUGGGAACCAGCUACCUGAAGCAGAUAGCCAGGCUCAUGCACCAACCCACAAUAAUACAAUUUUGCCAGAUGCCACCAUAAUUGAGCCUUCAGAACCACUUUUUGAGGUGGUGUCUCAAAACGAGGCAGAUAUUCCAAUGAAACCUCAUCGCGCCUUUGAGAAGUCGUUCCAAAAUACCUCGAGUCGCCAAAAACCGAUGCUUAUACCCACUGACUCCCCCCACGACACCGAGCCAAUGUCAUCGACGACAUUUGCACGCGCAAGGACAACUUGGACAAGCUAUGAUGCUCUGGCCCCAGCAUCAUCCGCCAAUAGCGUAGACGAACUCGCACUACCCGUCUCCGUUCAGGUCACUGUGAAUAAAUACCAUUUACAAGAUAGAAGGACGCAGAUUCAAUCCAAGGAUAAUUCAAAUACUGACCAAGAUGACCCGCUCUCUGAUGACUUUGGAGGUACGCCAAUGGAAAUGUAUAGGCCAAGGCCAUCUAGGUCAAGGGCUAAGAAGGAGGAGCUUGCUGGCGUCGAUAUUCACCAUAAUACGACAGAAUACCUUCGGGGUGAUUCCCCGCAAAUCCCCCCACAGUUUCAGCUCAAUGCAAACAUAGAGUCAAAGGGGGGACCUUGGAAUAAUAUGAGACAAGAAGAGACUCACGAUCCAGAAGUCGACUAUAUGAAGCCAGCAAGGAUAGAAAGCAUCACCACUCCAGCGAUUCAGUCUGAAGUACAGCCAGCCGAUAAGCGUGUGGUUCCGGAGACUUCAGCUAAGGGACGCAAGCCAGCUGGAAAAAAAAAAUUGAAGAGAGGGAAAACUACAUCAGUCAUUGUGCAAAAGGUGUUGGAUCCGGAUGUAGAAGACGAUGUCAUCUGGGUGGAUGAGAGACCUGUUGUUCGUCCGCUAGAAAACGAAAAAUGUAUCAAUCCGUCCAAUGAGGACUUGCGCAACGGAAGCAAAGCUACAGCCGAACAAACUAUCCAAAAAGCGGGGACUGUUAUAGAAACUCCAACCGUUUCCAUACAGCGCCCUGAUAUUGAUAUCAAUCAGAAUGCCACGGCGCCGAAAAAACGUGGCCGAAAACCAAAGAAAAAAUCGGAAACUGUUGCAGUUGAAAUACCGCCCAUUAACCAUGGUAAUCAGGAUAGAAUCGAAGUGCCUAUCGAUGGUCUAGCAUUCCACUCAGCUACUCUCAACGACACCACCCUUGAACGAGCUCAAUCGAUCGCAUCAGACACAAUGGACAAACCGAUCGACGUCGAAGCCCAGGAUGUGACUCACGAAAACGAAGCAGGUCAACUCCCCCUACCCGCCCUCGAACUAGUCUCAAACGCUGGAAAAGAAAACGAAAGCGCACAACCAAACGAACCACAACCGUCUUUCACGCCGAAGAAAUCAGCAGAAAAAGGCCCAGACAAACAUAGUCCGAUAACAGUAAACAAACAGUUCUCCUACCGCGUCGGACUAAGUCGCAAAGCGAGAAUCGCGCCAUUGCUGAAGGUUAUUCGAAAAUAA